ACUUUUCUUUUUCUUUUUUUCUAUAUUUUUUUCAUGACAUAUUUCAAAGAACUUCAAACAAGUCUUCAAUCCGAAUUCCCUUAUAAUUGGAAACUAGCGAAAGAAAAGGAAAUUGUGUUAGAAGAACGAGUAGAUACACAAUUAGAGUUCUUUGAAAGAGUUCAACAAAAGUCCACCUCUUCACAGUGUCAAAACAUUGACUUAAUUGUACCGGCAAAAACGAGAACACAAAAAGAACAAAUGCAACUCGAUCAGUUUUUAAAUAUUAUUGGCUCUGAAUUGCAUGUCGAUACCUUGGAAACCUGUAUUCGACGCCAAGAAAACACCAUCAUUGAAAAAAAUGAACGAAAAUUUGAGCAAAAUGACGAAAAACGUCAAUUCCGCAUCCAAGAAUUUAUCAAGACCGAAAAAUCUUAUGUUGAAACCUUAAAUACAUUGGUUCGAUAUGUUGUGAACCCUCUGAAGUCAACCAUGCAACAGAAACACUGUAUACUAAAUACCUUUAAAUGCCACAAAAUAUUUUUAAAUAUCGAUCAAAUAUUAGACGUCAACCAAAAAUUCCUUUCUGAUUUACAACAAGGUAACCGUGCCUUUGGUCUUGUAUGUAAAGAACACAUUGCAAAUUUUGAAUGCUACAGAAAAUAUUUACUGGAACAAUCCGAAGCGCAAAAAUUACACGCCAAGGAAUUUAAAAUCAACCAAGUGUACAGACGAUUCAUCUCAAAAGCCAGAGAACAAAGAGAAUUCAAGCGGAAAAGACUGCAAGAUAUCUUGGUAGAACCAGUGCAGCGUAUUAGUCGCUAUGCCAUGAUGUUGAGAGAUAUCCUUCAAUUAACACCGGAAGAUCAUUCCGAUUUUCGUGGUUUAAAUCAAGCCUGUGAAAAGGCAAAGGAAAUUGCUACAAUGGCGGAUGAUGAUCAAACAAGAACAGCUACCAUGUUUCUAAGCCUGUAUCAAAGUAUCAAGGAUUCUCCCUGCUCAUUAAUUAAUCAAAAGAGAUCUCUGAUAGCUCAUCUUGACGCCACUGAAAUUCAUCGUGUCACCAACAAGCCGACCCGAGCUGUUUCACUUUUUUUAUUCACAGACAAAAUACUUGUCGCUAGUAAAUCAUGUAUAGAUGCCAAAGAAAUUAUCCUGGAUGAACUUUUGACCAGCCCAUCUUCCACAAGCACAUUUUCUUUCCCCAACACCUCGAGUAAAAAUGAAAAGGGACUGAAGUUCAAGGGUUGGGCAGAUAUCGAAAGUAUGUCUCUGGUAAACGGUCUCACGGAGGAUUCCUUGAUAUUAUCUGCUUCCAAAUUACAGACUUCAAAUAUGACAUCGUUUGAGAAAUAUUUUUCCAAAGGACUGAGGCUUUUUUCCGUAAAGUCAAAUAUGCUAAAUAAACUUCAACAGUUUAAAGAUCUUUUUCAAAAGACAAAAGCGCUCGUGAAACAGUGUGAAUUCGCAGAUAGAACUUUUUAUAAGGUAUGGAAUGGCGUGCCUACGUUUUGUAAUCUCUAUAAACCGGAGAACUACAAACAGGUUUUAUACAAGAAUGAUACUGCAGUAGUGUAUGUGGAUGAUACUUUAGAUACCGAUAGAUUAUUUAGCCAUUCAUACACAAGUCCUUGGAUUGUGUGUCUGAUACAAGCACAAGACAUGAAAGGGUUCCGUUUCCAUACAUGCACAAGGACACAUUUCCCACGUUACACUACAGCAAAAGCAGCUACUACCACCAUUGACUUUGAAAGUAUAUUUUGGAACAACAUGUCUAUUUUAGAUCAAAGAAAGCGCAAGUCAACUGAAUACACAAGGAAACAGGAAGGAAGACCUCGUCCGGUAUCACACAGAAGCAGUAUUCCAUCGAUCGGUAAACUGUUUAGCGAUGUUGACCAAUUAAAAGUACGGGAGACACCUGCUAUAUCUAUCGGCAGUGACACAUCAUGUAGUAUGAUUGAAGAUGAUGGUCACGACGACGAUGAAGAUGAAGAAGAGAUUGAUUAUUUAACCAUAAAGACUACCCAUGCUAGUAUGGAUUCCAAAAUAUUAUUAGAAGAUGAAAUGCACGAACAAUGGGAAGCUCUGGCAUCUAAAUAUGAAUUAAUAAAACCUAGCUAGUUAAAUCUGGGUAGCCGGCAUACUUGUUACUUUUGGAUUUUUGAGCUAUGAAACAUGUGCGUCUGUGUACCACUUGGCACUUUUUUUUUUUUUUCAUUCUUUUUGGCUGCGAUCGAGCAUGUAAAAAAAAAAGAUCAGCAGGGUUAGGGUAUCGGUUUCGACUGUUUGAAGAAACCCGAU